CAGAUGUCUGGCUGUUUCUGCAGGCUGCUGGGAGGUUCUGCAGCCCUAACUGUUGGUUUUUGUUUCCCUUUCCCAGUACAGCGCCGUGGACAGCAACCCCCUGUCCCUGUAUGUCAUGCAUCCCUUCUGGAACGCCAUCGUGAAGAUCUUCCCUACCUGGCUGGCCCCAAAUUUGAUAACGUUUUCUGGCUUCCUGCUGCUUGUCUUCAACUUCUUCCUCAUGGCAUACUUCGACCCUGACUUUUAUGCUUCUGCUCCUGAUCACCAGCACGUUCCAAACGGCGUGUGGAUCGUGGUGGGGCUCCUCAACUUCAUGGCCUACACGUUAGGAAGUACCAUUUCAAUUGUCUACAUAGUGACAGCCUUUGUGGGAGUUGAGGCCUGGUAUGCACCUUUCCUGUUUAAUUUCUUAUAUAGAGACCUAUUCACUGCAAUGAUUAUUGCCUGUGCCCUCACUGUGACCCUGCCCAUGAGCCUGUACAACUUCUACAAGGCCUAUAAAAAUAACACCUUGAAGCACCACUCUGUGUACGAAAUCCUGCUGCCCCUGGUGUCCCCCGUGUUGCUGUUCCUGCUCUGCACCACCUGGAUCUUCCUGUCCCCCACUGACAUCCUGGAGGUCCAGCCCAGGCUCUUCUAUUUCAUGGUUGGAACAGCCUUUGCCAACAUCUCUUGCCAGCUGAUCGUGUGCCAGAUGAGCAGCACACGGUGCCAGCCCCUCAACUGGAUGCUGCUGCCCAUCGCGGCCGUGCUGCUCCUGGUGGUGUCUGGGCUGGCUCCAGGCAGUGAAACGCUCCUGCUGUACCUGCUGACAGCCUUCCUCACCCUGGCACACAUCCACUACGGAGUGGUCGUGGUGAGCCAGCUGAGCAGGCACUUCAACAUCCGGCCCUUCUCCCUACGGAAGCCCACUCCGGACUGACUGGGAGCAGAGGAGGAGAAAAUCGGCCUGCGGGCUGCAGAAGGACUGUAAAUACCUGCUGCAAAUACCUGUAAAUACUUCAGCCAUCACCACAGAUCAAACUAUCCUCUCUGGACAGAGCCAAGGACACGCGGGAUCCGCUGCAGCCGGGCCGGGGCCGGGCCGGGGCGGCUCCUGCUGCUCUUCCAUCCCUGCAAGCUUCGGGUUUUGGGUGGAGCUGGAGGAGGAGGAGCCUUUCAGGUCGCUGUUACUGUACCUUAGACCAGCUGAAUGUUCCCAGAGAAGCCUCUGACUCCGGCACUUGCUCAGGGAAAGCUGCUUGGGGAUGCAGAGGCUUUACCUGAGCAAAGCACCUUGGCCUGACACCAAAACCAACGCAGCUGAUUCCUCCAAGGGCAGGGGGACAUCCUGGUGGUGGGGGAGAGUUCCUGGCUGUCCCCAGUGCUGCUGUCUGGACAGCCCUCAUGCUGGGCUGGUACUUUGGGAGCAGAUGGUGACAGUUCUCCCACAUUCUGUCCUGCCUUCCUGCUUUUGGGCAAACACUUGCUAGCACCUUUGUUAUCUUUAUUUUUUUUUUUUUUUUUGGGGGGGGGGAAAAAAGACAAGACACUCAAAGCUUGUAGUUCAAUCCUAAAUGGGGGGCUUGGAAAAUCAGGGCUCAAUUUCCCAUAGGAGUGGGAAUGUGGCUUCUGCAUGUUGUGUGGUACCUGGGACCACAUCCUGACAUGUUCCUGUGUGUCCAUGUGUGUUCCCAGUCUGGGAAUGGGGUCUGGGCCAUGGAAGAUGGCUGAGACUACAGAGCCAAGCUCUCCCCAUUCCUACCAUCAUGGAUUUGCUGUCAUGGCUUGGCUCCCUGGCUCCUUUCCUGCUGCCUGAGCCCCUUUUCCACAGCCAGGAACAGCCUGGCCCUUCCCAACUGCAAUUCCACCACUGGGAAAAGCACCUGAAGGCCCUUGUUGGCCAUGUGUGCACCUUCAGGAUGCUCCCAGGGGUGGGAACCUUUCAGCUCUCCCUCUCUUUGUCCCCAGCACCCGCGUGUGUCCAGGCAUCUCUUUGUUUACUGUCCACUUGUCACAGAUGUGUUUGCGUUGAUUUUAUUUUUUAAUUUGUUUUUUUUUAAUUGACUUCGAGUGGGGUGGUGAAGACCGAAUGCUGAUUUUCUUUCCUGUUGGCUUGAUUCAAUGAAGACCUGUGCUUGAAUGAAGAGUGUAGCUUAAACCCAGGCUCUGGAAAGGCUGCAUCCGGAAGAGAACAAGCACGGCCGAUCGCGCAGGUGGAACUACCAUGGGAACAAAUUCCUUCAGACACUGAUUGUUGUGCAACGUGGGGCAUCUGACCAAGCUUGGUCAGAGCAAUUUCCUUCUGCAGGGGAAGCCUUUUCCUGCUCUGGGAAGCCUUCAACGUGUAACUGCUAUUUUCUUUUGGAAAUUGGAAUCACUGUCAUGCCAAGACUGGAAGCCCGGAGGUUGAGCUCGUGAGUUCACGGGUUGCUUGGGCAGCCCCUGGUCAGCCCUUGGUCAGUCUUGGUCACUCCUGGUCAGCCUCUGGUCACGGUACAGCCUGUGAGGAGCAAACUGGGCCCUUCCCAGGGCUGCCAUCCCUCGUGGGAAGCUCUGGAUCUCACGUGUCCCUACGGCUGUGGCGGGGCUGGGAGAGGGGGCCGAUGGGUUUUGGAGUUUAUUUAAUAAAGUAGCUUCCUCCAAUCCA